CUCACUCAUUCCCUGUGAUCAGUGGCGACCCGAAACACUCGAGUGUAUUCGUGGAGUCUACCGUGCCUUAUGACAAAGCUCUAAGAUGAGUACGCGCCUUAAGAGUCUACAAAAACGUCACCGUAUCUUCAGGACGUAUCCUAUCGAUUAAGUAAUCGAAGACUGAAAAUAUGCGAGUAACAAAUACAAAUACAAUAACCGAGUAUCUGGAGGGAUUGUUAUCUAUAUUACUUGCUUAUUUCAGUUUAUCGAAUACUAGUAUCUAAGUAGUAUCUAACUAAAAGUAUUAGCUCCUGACGGAUGUUUUCGGUUGUUGAUCUUGGUGAGGUAGCACCCAUAAGCAAGAUCAACUACGCCGUACCGAUUUCAUCGCGAGCGCCUACCUCUCUUUCUUCUCUUGGUAGAAGAAGUCAGGAGGUUUUGCUUUGCUCGCUCUAGAACUAGUUCAUUAUCAUUAUCCUUACUUCACUUCUUAGUGGCUAUCUUACACCACACAUUUUUUUCAACUAUCUAAGGUUUACAUGCCUAUCGGACUACAGGAGCAUGUUGAUUGUUACAGGAGCAUGUUGUUUUUUGUACUCGAAAACUGAAAAUAUGCGAGUAGCUAAGUGGAGUAGCAGAGUAUCUGAGAAGAUUACUCUCUUCCGUUACUCGGUUAGUUCAGUUUUUCGAAUAUUUAUUUUCAAGAAGGCACCAGGUGGAGUCCUCUAUUUGCGGUUGUAUGGGACGAAGAUGAGAAAGUUUCUCAGCAUCGACUUCAUCCUCUUGGUCUGCUACUUUUUUGGUAAAUCGAAGAAGUAUAAAUAUUUGUUUAAUAUAGAUAGAACAACUUCUUGCCACUUCAUCUGGCUCUAAUCUUUGGUGCGUGUGGGAGCAUAUGGUACUGGAAAGAGCAGCAUAACCGUCGUGGGAGAAUAACCUUCACUCGCAAAUGGCUUUGCACCGGUGCCACCCGGCAUGCCAGCCGAAGAUCUGCAAUCAAUGCUCAUACUUUCAACCGAUAUUUAUCUUCACCUCUUCAUGAUCAUAAUUUUGUUGGUGCCCCGCAGAUCCUGAUCCCGGCAAACCUCCUUGGUGAAGACGAGUCCGAGCCACGUACUCCUACGCCUCUCUGCGAUGGCGAAGGGCAUCAAGGAACAGCUUCAGGGGACCAGCGCCAACUCACCCGCGGCGAACGGAAUACAGUACUGAUCACAUUUCUACACGCCGACUGGUUGGAUUCCGUUGUCCUUGCCUCCUGUCCCGCUGUCCUUCUGUCCGGCUGUCCCUCUGUCCAGCUGUCCCUCUGUCCAGCUGUCCCUCUGUCCAGCUGUCCCUCUGUCCAGCUGUCCCUCUGUCCAGCUGCCCCUCUGUCCACCCAGCUGCCCCUCUGUCCACCCAGCUGCCCCUCUGUCCACCCAGCUGCCCCUCUGUCCACCCAGCUGCCCCUCUGUCCACCCAGCUGCCCCUCUGUCCACCCAGCUGUCCCUCUGUCCCCCCAGCUGUCCCUCUGUCCCCCCAGCUGUCCCUCUGUCCACCCAGCUGCCCCUCUGUCCACCCAGCUGUGCCUCUGUCCACCCAGCUGUCCCUCUGUCCACCCAGCUGUCCCUCUGUCCACCCAGCUGUCCCUCUGUCCAGCCAGCGGUCCCUCUGUCCAGCUUGCUGCCCGUCUGUCCAGCUUGCUGUCCCUCUGUCCAGCUUGCUGUCCCUCUGUCCAGCUUGCUGUCCCUCUGUCCAGCUUGCUGUCCCUCUGUCCAGCUUGCUGUCCCUCUGUCCAGCUUGCUGUCCCUCUGUCCAGCUUGCUGUCCCUCUGUCCAGCUUGCUGUCCCUCUGUCCAGCUUGCUGUCCCUCUGUCCAGCUUGCUGUCCCUCUGUCCAGCUUGCUGUCCCUCUGUCCAGCUUGCUGUCCCUCUGUCCAGCUUGCUGUCCCUCUGUCCAGCUUGCUGUCCCUCUGUCCAGCUUGCUGUCCCUCUGUCCAGCUUGCUGUCCCUCUGUCCAGCUUGCUGCCCCUCUGUCCAGCUUGCUGCCCCUCUGUCCAGCUUGCUGCCCCUCUGUCCAGCUGUCCUCGGUGUCCGCGGUGUUCCUCUCUUCUCGGUGUCUUCGGUGUGCCCUCUGUCUUCGGUGUCCCUCUCCGUGUUUGUGUCCUCGGUGUCCCUCUCCGUGUGUCCUCGGUGUCUCUCUCCGUUUGUCCCCUGUGUCCCUCUCACUCUGUCUUCGGUGUCCCUCCGUCUUCGGUGUCCUUGGUUUCCCUCCGUCCAGUCCUCGGUGUCCUUGGUUUCCCUCCGUCCUCGGUGUCACUCUGUCCUCGGUGUCCCCUCGACGUUUGGUAGGUUGUCUGCCUCCAUGUCUCCCGGCUUGUCUACGUCUUUCUGGUUGUUUUGGAGAAGCGUGCCGGGCUGCGAAGCCUUGCCGCCCCCUUCUCCCUUAGGGCUUCCCCCUCACCUCCUUCGGAUAGUGUAGCGGGAUGGAGCUCCCACUGUGCUGGCCUGUAGUUGUUGCUACUUUUUUGAUGCCAAAAAGUCGCCAAAUGACUCCUCUACCUAGGCUCCGCCAAGCGCGUGGCAGUUGGCGAAGGACGGAGCUUCAGCUGCAAAAGGUGGAGCAGCAGCUACACCGACGACUACCGGCCCGUCAACUGCGUGUGCCACUGCUUGUGCCUCAUGUUACACCUCAACCGCAACACGAUUGGGCAUGG